AUGGACCACGAAACCCUCAACUUCCCCCUCAAACUCGCCGCAAAAUCCCACCAACUCCCCGAAUUCAAAAGCCUAGUCUCAGGCAGAACCACCACCCGCCACCCGUCCCUCUACAAAUCUGAUCCAAACUCAACAGACACCCUAAACGACACCUACGAAAGAGCCAUAACCCUCAUGAUCGCAAUCCGUUCCCACUGCAAAUACACACCAGAAGAACCCCUCUCCCAAGCCAUCCAAACCGAACUAAUCAACCUCAUCUACGGCUCAAAUUUUAUCGAAUACGCCGGUACGGAUUAUACUACCACCACGGCUAUUUGUACAAAACUCUUUAAUGAAUAUGUAUCUCCCGAAGAGAUCUUAAAUACCCUCCAAACCACCACCACCACUACCACAACAGACGAAAACACUAGCGGUACUACCACUACCGCAGUCGACAAAAAGGGAGGAAUGGAAGUAAUCCAACACGCAAAAGCCCUAACCUACUUCCUCCAAAAAUUCUAUAUCGAAGAAGAACCACUAACCGAAUUCCUAAUCCUCCAAACUCACCGAAUCCUCUGCGAAGGAACCACUCACUCCGACGGAACCCCCUGGCAAGAAUGGGCCGGUAUCUACCGUACCCACGAAAUCGCCGCCUCAUCCAUACCCCCCACUAUAAAUAUAAACCCUUCAAGACUUCAAAAAAAAUCAAUAUUCAUACGAGCAACCGCCGUUCCUAAAUAUAUGACGGAUAUGGUUGAAGAUUUUAAAAGUUUGACCGGAGAAGCCGAGAUAGGGAAUUUUGAUGUUAUUGAUCCCUUUGAGAUUGCGGCGUGGUUGUGUACGAGGUUUGUGAAUAUUCAUCCUUUUGCGGAUGGGAAUGGGAGGGUUUGUAGGAUUUUGUUGAGUGGGGUUUUGAUGAGGUAUACGGGACUUGUGGCUUGUAUUGGGGAUGAGGGGGAGACUGAUAGUACGGCUGGGGGAGGGAGGGAUGAGUAUUUGGGGAUUGUGAAUAAGGCGAAUAAGAUUUUUCAUGAUGAGGAUGGUGAGGUUGAUGUUGAGGCGCAGACUUCACAUGUGAGGUUGACGGAGUUGGUGGUUAGGAAGGUUUUGGAGUGUGCGGAGAGGUUGGUGGAGGUUGUUAUUAAGGCGGGGGAUGUGGAGGGGGAGUAA